AAACACCAAGGUAGGUUGCCUAGUUAUCCUGAAGAAGCUGAUGUGUUAUUCCUUCUCUGCAUCGAAGGAUCAGGAAGUUUGUGCUCUCUGCGUGGCUGAGAAGUUUUUCACCUGUUAGGACGGGGGUGGAGUGGGGGGAACAGGUGUCCUCCUAAAAUAGAGCACAAACUGCAACCUGCGUCCAGCCGUAACCCAGGAGUAACAUCAGAAACAGGUGAGAAUGACCACUUUAACUCACCGGGCCCGUCGAACUGAAGUAAGUAAGAACUCUGAAAAGAAGAUGGAAAGUGAGGAAGACACCAAUCAGGAGAGGAGUCUAGACAAUGAAGACUCUGGAGACUCCAAAGAUAUCCGCCUCACCCUUAUGGAGGAAAUAUUGCUCCUGGGACUAAAAGAUAAAGAGGGUUACACAUCUUUCUGGAAUGACUGCAUAUCAUCAGGCCUGAGAGGGGGCAUCCUGAUAGAGUUGGCCAUGCGGAGUAGAAUCUAUCUGGAACCCCCCACCAUGCGUAAGAAGCGACUGCUAGACAGAAAGGUACUGCUAAAGUCAGACAUCCCAACUGGUGACGUUUUACUGGAUGAAACUCUCAAACACAUCAAAGCAACUGAACCCACAGAAACUGUCCAAACAUGGAUAGAGCUACUCACUGGUGAGACCUGGAACCCCUUCAAAUUACAGUAUCAGCUAAGAAAUGUACGAGAGCGAAUUGCAAAGAACCUGGUAGAGAAGGGUAUUCUAACCACUGAGAAGCAGAAUUUCCUGCUAUUUGACAUGACUACUCAUCCAGUGACCAAUAUAACAGAGAAACAGCGACUAGUGAAGAAACUUCAAGACAGUGUACUAGAGCGGUGGGUAAAUGACCCUCAGCGUAUGGACAAGCGAACACUAGCACUCCUGGUGCUAGCCCACUCCUCUGACGUGUUAGAGAAUGUCUUCUCCUCUCUGACAGAUGACAAGUAUGAUGUGGCAAUGAAUCGAGCCAAGGACCUAGUAGAACUGGACCCUGAGGUGGAGGGGAUAAAGCACAGUGCCACAGAGAUGAUCUGGGCUGUGCUGGCAGCCUUCAAUAAAUCCUAAAGCCAGCAGGUGGGUUUCUCCUUUUCUCCCCUGCUGGCUAGAGACUGUCAGAGACCCCAUCACUGAGUUUUGUAUGAUGAGAUAUUUUCAUCCUUUUUUCUCUUGAAUCAGGCUUAUGAUUUGGGGAACACAACUUCAGGGCUUCUUUUCCAUUGACCUUUAAAUCAAGCAGACUUGAUUUCUUCCUUUAUUUCCACCCCACAUAGGUGAAUAAACUGGGUGAACCCACACACAUCCAAUAAACAUAUUCUCCCAUUUCUUGGUUUAGUUUCAUCCAGUUUGCUUUUGGAUAAACAUGAAUAUCUAAGUGGAAUUUGGAGUUCUUCAGCCACAGAAUGUGAAUGAAUUGAAGACAAACCAUUUAUUAUAUUUUUCUAUGUUUGUUUUCUAUCUUAUAUAUGUAUGUUUUCAUAGUUUCUGUCUAUGCUAAAUAAUGCAGCUUAUUGGAAAGGGUGAUCUCUGGGAUCAAAUGUACUGCUAGAGAUUUUCUUAUCUUUCCUUUUCUAACCUAAUAAGAAUGUCCUAAAUUUGAUUAACUGGAUUUCACAGUCCUAGAGCCAGAAAUAGUAUAUUCUAUACUCCCUCUUAGUAUUAUCCUUUUCCUUAUUCAUUAGGGCAAAAGUACAAAUGAAAAAAAUGUAUCUCUCAACCACGUCCUACAUGCAGUCAGCAUUAGAAUUUGAAAGACAGGCUCAGCACCUGUAGCUCAGCAGCUAAGGGUGCUAGCCACAUGCACCAGAGCUGGCGGAUUUGAAUCCAGCCCGGGCCUGCCAAACAACAAUGACAACUGCAACCAAAAAAAUAUAUAUGCAGGCGUUGUGGCAGGUGCCUGUAAUCCCAGCUACUUGGAAGGCUGAGGCAAGAGAAUCGCGUAAGCCCAAGAGUUGGAGGUUGCUGUGAGCUGUGAUGCCACGGCACUCUACCCAGGACAACAUAGUGAGACUCUGUCUCAAAAAAAAAAAAAAAAAAAAGAAUUUGAAAGAGAGAAAGGGAGGUGGUGGGCGGCGCCUGUGGCUCAGUGAGUAGGGCACCGGCCCCAUAUGCCGAGGGUGGCGGGUUCAAACCCAGCCCCUGCCAAACUGCAACAAAAAAAAUAGCUGGGCGUUGUGGCGGGCGCCUGUAGUCCCAGCUGCUCUGGAGGCUGAGGCAAGAGAAUCGUGUAAGAGUUAAGAGGUUUCUGUGAGCCGUGUGACGUCAUGGCACUCUACCUGAGGGCAGUACAGUGAGACUCUGUCUCUACAAAAAAAAAAAAGAGAAAGGGAGGUGGCAUGAAAGUUUCCAUCCUUUCACACAUGACUAUCUUGUUUUCUCCAGAUUACUUUAAAUGUCUCUGCUUUGAAUUGAAGGAAUUGUAAGUUUCAAUUACUGAACAUGAAGUGUAUUUGAACCACAGAUCUUCUUGUUCCUUAUUUUUGACUUCCGACACAAAUUGAUAAAGUCUGUCUUUAUUUAAGGGUUCUCGGAGUAGUUUUGUCCAUAUUUGAUCCAGAUAGUCCUCUAGUCAUCAGUCUUGUCUCAAUAAAUCAUCUAACUGGCAAAAUCUCUAAAACAUUUUUCAUUUCAGUAAUUAAGGCAAGAAGCUUUGUUAAGAAAGAUCUUGUUGGGCGGCGCCUGUGGCUCAGUGAAUAGGGCGCCGGCCCCAUAUGCUGAGGGUGGCGGGUUCAAACCCAGUCCCAGCCAAACUGCAACAAAAAAAAAAACUAAA